UCCACUACUAAUUCUCAGCGCUUUGCAGACGUUUGAAGACCCCUAGGAACAGACUGAUUCAUGUCAACAGCAAGGUUUCUCCGUUUAGUUCCUCGCUAUUUAAGUAGCAAACAGGAAGAUAUUUCUUUCAUUUUUGACAUAGACAUUCAAAUUUUGAGGUAUGGGUGCAGCAAGCUUGCAAAGAACAGUUUAUUAAGGAUAAUGAGUAGCAUGUACGAUGAAUCCUCUGUACAGCUCUCAGUCUCCAUCAUAAAAGUCAGGCAUGUCCUGAAUCACCGAAAGGUCACUAACAAGUAAACCUCUCAAUUCAGAAGUUUCAGAAAUUAGCUUUAAUAUGAAUGUGGUCUUCAAGUGUUGCAGCCACAUAGUUUCAUGUUAGUAUCUCCUUAAAUUCGUCGAUUAUGCAUAGUGGACCUUUGUUACCGUUUGUUACGACGAGGACUUCUCAUCAGACGGAGGAUCUGUGACACGUGACAUGUCAGGAACGUGCCUAACAUGGACAGCUGGAACUUUCAUUCUUCUUUAUGUUAUAUCAUCUGUUGCAGGUGUAACCCUCACACCAUGCGGAAGGGACGGAGUUAGUGACGUAACAGCUGGACAGAAAACUCAGUUUGUCUGCAUGAAUGGAGGACAGAUAGAGUGGAGGUUAAAUGUGGACAAUGUAGCGACUCAAGUGCUGUUAGCAUCCUGUGACGGAAAUGCCUGCAAUCCAUCUGAUGCUUUUGAGAAAACAUUUACAGCAAGUGUUCAAGACUCUCAUCCUACAUUGACCAUCAAUGCUGUGAACAGUACACUGAUAUAUAACAAGGUUCAGAUUGUGAAUGGCACUCUGCUGUGUACUCCAAAGACAAAGGAAAGCCCUGUUGUAUGUGGACUUAACUAUGUGUCUCCGCCAGAGAACGUGUCAUGUCAGGAGGUAAACAAAUCGUUGUCAUGUGUUGUUGGCGCUGUCUAUUCAUCUCGCAACAUUUACAUGUGUCACCUGCUUCGAUUUAAAAAUGGAACAGAAAAAGAAAUAUUGGAAAGUGUGACUAUGGUGACAUCACCAACUACUGACAAGAUCACCAAGAGUGAAGUGAAAGUGUCAGGAUCCUGUCAGUUCAACACACCACUACCAUCAGAGGCAGGAGGCUACAGGUUCUAUGUUUCUGUCUCACCAGGCGGUCGGCACUUCCUUUUGAAGUUGGAGAGCAUUGACAAAGGGAUCACUGGAGACUUUAACAAGAUAUCGUUUUUGAUAAACAAUCGUGAGAAAAAUGAAACUGUUAUGGAGGGAGACUAUGUGAACCUCAGAUGUGAAGCCGAUGGCCUACCACCAUCAGAGAUGUCAAUCAGUAAUGGCGACAACAACACUGUUAUAACGAGCAACUCGUCGGUCGUCAACUACACUUUCAUCGCUCGCUGUGAAGACACAACCAUGUACAUGUGCUUCUUGGGGAAUAAAUCCUUCAGUCCAUCAUCAGCUACAACCUCUCUAAACGUCAGCUUGGAUGUCAAAUGUAAGCCUAGGCAUCAUUCUUCCAAUUACCUUGGUAACGUCAACAUUGAUAACAUGACAGCGGAGGUGACCUUUGAACUCAUCUCCUACCCUGCACCUUAUAAGUAUAACGUGUGGUUUGCUGGACCACUAAACAAAGUAUAUCAUGUUCACCCUAACGGUUUGGUAAUGAAUGUUACCUGUACACCUGACCAAACACGCCGAUACGUGUUCCAGUGUAUCCUUAAUAUUUUCAACAUCACUUUACAGUCGACUGGCUCAUACAAAAUACAGGUGAUCAAUGAGGUUGGCGAUGAAAACUUCACCGUGGAUGUGACCUCGAUGCACAUUCCUGAUGAGCCACUCACCAAAUCUGUCACUGGAGGAGUUAUCGGUGCCUUUCUGUUGAUCAUCUUAACAGUCCUCGUUCUCUUUGUCGUCAACAGACGGAGAAAAUCGGGAAAAGAUUGCAAGUUGGAGAAUACAAGUGACACCAUUUACCAGAAUCCCUGGGACACAGUGCCCCUCACAGUUCGAGGCCUAGGGCCCGGAUGGAGGACAGCCCCCUGCUCUCCUGAUGGCGCAGUGGAUACAGGCAGAUGGAGGAACCAAGAUGGUUUACUUUACGUGUCGCCUAGUUUUAACGACAGGGAACAGUACAUCUCCCAGCCACACGAACCUACUAAGUAUAGCACAGUGAAAGUGAUACAACCCCAAGUUCAUCCUUCUUGAUGGAUUAAAGUACCAGUACUAAUGAGUUUCGUGUCCACUCAACCACAUCAUCUUGAGUAAUGAUUCAAGAUAUUCCUCCUGACAAGUAUUGCUGCAUGAAAUGCCGGUGCGACCGAGAGCAAAAGAGUAGCUAAAGAUGGCUAAUGCACACAGAUAAAUACAGACACACGGACUAGGAAUACAAAGGAAUCACGCAGAACUUGGUGAUACACAAGCUGACUUUAAUUUUGCACAAUCACAAAUAAAAGUUUAGCUUUUUCUUUAGGUAAAUAUAAUAUUUCUGGAUGAUACGACAUCUGAUAAGUUUGUAAAAUUCUGAUAUGUGAGCGCGUUAAUCGCACAUGGUAUAUUAAAACAUUAAAGUAGCACAUACUAAUAUCUAUUUAUAAUUUGUAUGUACAUUAAAUUGAAUGCAAAAUGCUUAUCUAGUUAUUGCACUAUUAAAGCACUAGGUAAAUAAAAAAAUUGAUGCAAUAACCAUCUUAUACAGACAUAACAAAAUGUCCUUAUUAACACACACACACACACACACACACACGCUCUCAAUCCACGACUGCCACGUGAACACAUCCUAUGGGAGAAGCAUCCAUAAAGAGUCAUUAAAAAUCCGUGAACUGUUAAAAUAUACAAAUCUUUUCUUUACACACUCCCAACAAGUGGCGGUUCUAAAAUAAAUCUUCUACAUAAACUUUCUACGAAGAGCUGUAAUUGUAUCAUGUGGCUGAUAAUGAUGAAGGCCGGUAGUGUAUAGGAGUUUACAGACUCGUUGCUGACACAUCUUGCAAACUAUUUCUUGGUCUUCAUUCUCGGGUCUCAUUUGUGGGUCUUUGUUCAUUAGUAACACAUCGUCAAGCUACUGCAACCACUUUGUUUUUCAAUAAACGUCUUAAUAUCGUUUGAUCGCGACUGAUUUUUCGUAACAUAUAUUUUUAUUAGACAGUUUACUUUCUUUGCGGGUCAAAAAUGUCCAAUGUCUUUUCUUCUGUUACUUUGUGCUUGGUAAGGUUGAUUUAAAUUCUGUCGAAAGAGCCCGGCACUAUUAUGGCAAGGACAUAAUGCAGAUUCUGAUUAGAACGUGUUAACAGCAACAAAAAAUAAGUGUUAGCUACUUGAUUAUGUAAAAUCGCAGUUAACCUAUGUACAGGACACUCUCAAUGUGCAGAGCUACAUUGACUAAUGGACCUGCAUCUCUAAAAAGACUACUCAAUAAGAUGUCUUAACUUGCAAGUGUAUGACUAACUUGUGUUCCCAAGUGACUGUUGUGUGCUAUCGUGGAACAUCAUUAAAUUGUUGUCUACACCAGUAAAUAAAAAGCGAGUUGUCACAACAACACUUUCUUGUGUCACACAAAGCAAGUUGCUUAUUAAAAAAGUCAUAGGGCAAUCACGAUGGUAGUCUUGCUGUUCAGUUGGUAUACAGAAAAGGAAAGGACCCUACAGGCAACCUCACUGAACAGUUAAGUUAUUAUGAACCUUGUGAAAUUAAAAAAACAAACAAACAAAAGCAAACAGGGGCAUGACUGUUAAAGGUCUAGUAGGGUGACAAAAUUGUUCAUAAUAUAACUGCGUUCAGCUUAGAUGCUAUUUCUCAUAAAUCUGAGCGAAUGCCGUCCACAUUCCGUUUUUAAGACACGCCUACAAUCAUCAUUAUGCCCAGAGUGAGAGAAAUGAAAUUACACUGUAUAUGUUAAUCAUCUGUAUGAAAACAGCAAUGGACCCGACGUUACCGUCUCAAAGGGCACCAAAACACAUCUACAGUGAUUCUACUAAUGUUCUCUGUUCUAAUUAUAUCUGUGUAUUUUUUUAGUAUGCGCUUUGAGCCCGCCUUUAAUGGCUGGGAAAAAGCGCUAUACACGUUCAACAUAUUAUUAUUCUUAUUAUUAGGCGCUUAUGUACAGACAUGAAGCUGGGUCUGGCCUUUAGCGCAUGGAAUUAUUUUUAUAUUAUCGACAGCAGAAGAGGAUAAGGGGAUAGUCACCCGGAUUAGUGGAAAUGCUAUUCUGUAAUGACCUUCAUCUAAUAAACUUUUGCACCCGAAUAGACCUUUAAGAACCUGCCCACAACAAGCAAAGCCAAAACUAAAUAUAAAAUAUGCGGAUGGUUGGUUGGAGCUUUACGCGAACAACUAAGGCUGUAUCGCGGUGACAAAAGGUCAUGAUGCGGAUAAGAAGCUAAUUGUUGCAAAUACAUGAAAUACAGCAAACUUUUGUAACACUUCAUGAGAUUUGUUUUUAGGACAGAACGAGAUUCUCUCUAAAUAUG